GGAGGGUAACCACCCUUAUUUUCCUCUUUUAUUUUGUUCGACCGUCCCUCGUACUUCCUGAUGUUGUGCGAACACAAAGCUGCUCUCUUGAGUUCAUUUACAGUUUGUCCUGAUAAUAUGGCCGAUGAAAGAUGCUUUUCGAAAUCCUGUAAUUCACCGCCAGAUGAAGCCAAACUGAGCAACAACAAUCGCUCACCCCAAUUGAUUGACACCUCGUUAAUAAAAGGAGCGAAAAUGAUAACAAAGAAUUAUGGCGUAAUUGUUUUGGCAGUACGCUUGCUGUCAUUUCAGUUUGUUUAACAAUGUCAAUUAAGGACACAUCUAGCACCUAGCAAUUUGGUUGUUUGCGCAGAAACACUCCCCUAAAGAAUGCUGCGCCCAGCUGAAGGGAGUUGCUUAUCAUGAGUUAUUCCCGUGAAAAUGUCCUUACCUAUCUCGCCAUCUAUAGCUAAUGACCUUCUCUCGAGGGUUAGUCAGGUCAUACUACCCGAUGAUGAGAAAUUUUAACAACCGCGAUGCCACCUAAAGAACAGAUUGCAUUUUAUGGCUCUUAAGUCUCACGUGCAAAAACAACAACAUUGUCCGCGGAUCAAAUGAUGGCAAUUUACACAGCGUGAUUAUGCGGUUACCCUGUUGCGUUCUUAACAGGAUAAAGAACAUGAGAUCAUCCUUGACCCGAUCGAAGAUUCUUGAUUUCAUUUAUUCGUCGUAUCCGAAAUAGUACUUUAGAGGCCAAAUCGCGCUUUAAACAAUCGUGAAUUUUCGCGUCUUCGUAAUUCCUCUGCAGUCUUCUUCAGACUAUCCACUCGAUUGUUUCUCUACGUGGUUUGACAGUUAUUGUUUUCGUAAUGACUCUGAUGAAUGACAGCAGGACAUAAUUCGAGAGCAAAAACCCAAGAUACUGGAAAUUCCACCUCUAGACAAGCUCACAGGGUCGGCUCAUCACACACGGUUGGCGUAUCUUUCGUGUCUAAAUUUGCGUUGUAAACACCGCCAGACGCCUAGCCUUCGGGCUGCAAAUCAAUAAACCGGUCAACAGCCGGAUUAUCGUUAGAUGGACCUCUCCGGGUUGUUGUCUCCUAAGGCGAACGCGUUCUCGAUUGCACAUUUGAUAGACGCUUCACAGUUCCCUGAGUUUAUGAACAUCAACAACCAACAGACACAAUCUCCAAUUAUGUUCAACUGGGGAUCCUUCAAACUUACGAAAGAUAUGGAAGAGAGGCUACGUAAUGCGGGAACGGGAAAAAAGGCAGCUAUUCGGCAAAAUUCUACAACCAUUAACAAUGACGCGACAAGAACGACGUCCGAUUUUCGCAGAGUGGACGAACGAUGUUCCUCUUCGUCUACACCUCCAAGCAGUCCACUGUCUUGUUCUUUAGCAAAUGUGAAAGUAGAAAUAGAGAUGAAGAAUUUAUGGGACGAUUUCUACGCCUUGGGCACAGAGAUGAUUGUCACAAAAGCUGGAAGACGCAUGUUUCCGCCGUUCCAGGUGCGUUUACGAGGUUUGGACCCUACGGCUAAGUACAUCCUAAUGAUGGACUUCAUACCAGUGGACGAUAAACGCUAUCGGUACGCGUUUCACAGUUCCAAGUGGCUGGUGGCAGGCAAAGCAGACGCCAGUGUACCCGGGAGAGUACACAUUCACCCUGACUCACCCUGUGCUGGACAGCAAUGGAUGAAACAAGUCGUUUCGUUCGAUAAACUUAAACUCACCAAUAAUCUAAUGGACGACAACGGACACAUUAUACUUAAUUCUAUGCACAAGUAUCAACCUCGUUUUCACGUCGUCCUCGACAACCAAGAGAAGAGUACAAUGAGCAGCGCCCUGGGAGCGAGUACAGAACACGUCAAAACAUUCUUAUUUCCAGAAACGCAAUUCAUGGCUGUGACCGCGUAUCAGAAUCAUAUGAUAACACAAUUAAAGAUAGCUAGCAAUCCAUUUGCCAAAGGAUUUCGUGACUGCGAUCCGGACGACUGUGUAGUGGAAGUAAUAAAACAAAUAGAGCCAGGAUCAGUAAUGCCCACAGCGAAGCCUCGACUUCAAAGUGAGGUGUACCCUCCAAAGUCAUGUAAUUCUAACCGAGAAGAGGGCGACAGUGUCACAGGUACAAUGGCAAAUGUGACCACACCUCUAGUACCCAUGAGUCGCGUUCUUUCUUCUCUGACAGUCCCCUCCAUAACGGUCCCGGCGUGCACCCCUGUCAUGAGUCCAACUAUUACGUCACCGCUAUUCCAUCCUCACCCUACUUCCCCCGGACCAACUACGGCUGUGUACCGAGGAUUCCCGUCUUUACGUGAUCACCGAAGUAUGCCUUAUCCUUCUCCGUAUCUUAGGUAUAAUUCAGGACAGCAAAAUGAAGUAUCUGGUUAUCAAUCCCCGCCAGGAACCAUUUCCAGUCAAUGAUAAAACGCCGACCGAUUAGGGUCUUCGCAAUAAUUUUUAUCUUUAAAUUUAGUCUUUGGACAGCCGUGGAGGAGUGUUGCUUCCUUUGCCUGAAACUCUGCUGACCAAUUAGAGGUUUAAGAGUGCGAAUUCAGAACUUGCAUCGUCCGAAUGUUACUUUGGAAGCAAAAGUAGAGUUCGUGUAAAUGCCUAGAAGAAAAAUUCUAAAGAAAAUUCCGAGACAAAAAAUAUUUUUUCUUCCACGUACAAGAAUGAAAAUAAUUAUUUAAGUGCAUUUUUCUGAUCAGAUUUUGUUUCCACAUUAUAUGAAACUUAAAUUUUAAGUCAAAAUUAUUUCACUCCAUAAUUCUUCAUUUUGACUCACGCUUCUUUGUAUACGUUUUGUUCAUAAUUAGUUACUAGAUACAGAAAACGAAACCUUUGUCUAUGGUUGCACGCUUGAACUUUGUCUACCAACGUUACAAUAAAAAGUGCAACUCGAUACCUUCAUGUAAUGGACCAGGAACUGAUUUCCAGCACAAACAAACAGUAAUCACAAUACACACGAAUAAAGCGAACACACUUUUCCCUGGUUCACUCAGGGUUUACACCAAGAGGAAGUUUUCGGUUUUCUUUCCGACCAAAAACGUAGCUUUACGAUAACUUCCUCUCGAAGGGAGGCAAUGGUGACAUAACGAGGACUCGGGGAACUGAGGUCUUGAAAAUUCUGUCGUCAAACGGUCAAGAGAUCAGUCACUGUCUCCUUGAUUCAUUUCAGUUGGAGUUAAAACUUUACUGUUUUAGAAUUACAAUCGACGGGACUCUUUUUAGUGCUAUCUGUUGAAUUUUAAUAAAUAUAAUUAUCUUGA